AUGUUUCCUUGUCCUGAGGAUCGUGUAUGUCGACCACAAUUUAAAAACAAAGGAAACCGAUUUGAUCAAAGACAACAAGACAUUUUAAAUACUUGGCAAUCAGAAAUAUGCAGUAAUGAUGACCUUCCAGAAGUUGAGUUAAUCAGUUUGCUGGAAGAAACCAUACCACAGUACAAAUUGAGAGCUGAUACUUUAACACAAUUUACUGGUUAUGAAAAUAAAGAUUGGUAUAUUCCUAGUCCAGCAUCAAAUGAAGACGAAGUUGAUACAGCAAGUCUUUCAAAAGAAUAUAUUCGUGAAACAUUAAACUAUUUUCGUAAGUAUAUAAGACUAGAAAAUGGAUCAAUUAAACUAAAAAGAUAG